AUGCCCGGCAUCGGCUUAGGACGUAGUUUAAUAGCAACAAAACUUGGAAAAAUGUUUUGUAAUAAAUAUGAAGAAGCUGUUCAUAAAUUGAACUCAUUGCAGUCAAAUAAGGCUACAAUUGCACAAAUAAGGAAGCAUAUUAAAACAGGACAAAGAUGUACAAAUAUGAAAGACAUGGAGAACUAUUUAGUGAGAACUGGUGUCCCAUUGAGUAAACUUGAUGAAUUAUCUGUGAUACAUGUUGCUGGGACUAAAGGAAAGGGUUCAACAAGUGCUAUGUGCGAAUCGAUACUACGGGCGUAUGGAUAUCGCACUGGGUUCUAUUCAUCACCGCACUUAGUCGCUGUCAGGGAACGGAUUCGAUUGGCUGGAAUACCGCUCUCGGAGGCCACAUUUGCGGAUUACUUUCAUAAAGUAUAUGACGCACUUUAUAAAACGCAGGAGUAUGAAGGUGAUAUGCCAAAGUACUUUGCCUUCCUAACUGUAAUGGCAUUUAAUGUGUUCCUAGAGCAAAAAGUUGAUGUCGCUGUUGUCGAGGUGGGAAUCGGCGGACUCGUAGACUAUACUAAUAUUUUAAGGAAAGUGCCAGUCAUUGGUAUAACAGCGUUAGGAUUGGACCACACAGCAAUUUUGGGUACCACCUUGCCAGAAAUAGCGGCUGCUAAGGCUGGCGUGAUGAAAACAGGUUGUUUAGCUUAUACUGUGCAGCAGGAGACAGAGGCUAUGAAAGUCUUGCAGCAAAAAGCCUGUAAUGUCAAUUGUCCACUCACCAUUGUACCUAAAUAUAGUACAUAUGCUUUCCAAAAUGGCUUAAGACUAUCAAUACAGCUAGAAGCAUAUAAAAUGAAUGCAUCACUCGCCAUACAGUUGGCACAUGCUUGGAUGAGAAUAAAGUGUAAUAAUAAUGUUAAGAAUCCAGAUUUGUUAGUCAAAACACUAUCAAAGGAAACUGUUAUCGGUUUGAGGGAUUGUAAAUGGCCUGGUCGAUAUCACAUAGUAGAAACUGAAUGGGGCAGUAUUUAUCUUGAUGGUGCACAUACUAAGGAAUCUAUGGAAAUUUGUGCUCAGUGGUUUGAAAAUAAUUGCAGGUAA